UCCGCGUCUUCCUCUCGCAUGGCUCCGACACCGAACCGCUUAACGCAACCCUCCGGUUUAGAGGAACGUAAUCCCAACUUGCGAACUUCGAAGUACCCCAACGAAGUUGUGCGUGGCUCAGCCGCCUUCGGAUCCCUUGACAGUCUGCUUCCAGACACGGCAAAUCGGGUAAAUUCAUUUGUCGUGUCAGCUGACGUGCACAACGUGAUUCCGGAACCAAUCGGGAUCUCAUCAGAGCUCAUUCGACGGCGACAGAACACUGCUCAGCCCCAUGAAUCCCCAAAACCCUCAACUUCCACUCCAAAUCAACCAAAUCUUCCUACCUGUUCACGAAAUGCCCCUCUCUUGUUUAGAGAUAGCAGCAAACAGUCCGUGAAUAUUUACUUUUAG